UGCUUUUCCCCAGCGUGGCGUUAGCAAGUUGGAAUUAUAUAACAAACAACAACUGGCACAACUUACACAAAACUCCUACCUAAAUAUACAAUGGACUAUAUGAAUUAUGAACAAAGCUACGAAUAUGAUUAUGCGAAUAAUACCGAUAUUGAACUCAAUCAGUCUAUCAAUAGUUUAGAGAGCAAUAAUUUUAAUCGACACGAGCAAUUGGAAGAGGUAGAGACUACGCAAGAGUUGGAAUAUACUCAAAGUUUGUACGACAAAGAAUGUCAGAGCAACAAGCAGGAACCGCUUCGACGUAUGCGUUGUGCUUCCAGGCUACCGAUGAAUACGCUUAAGGCCAAUCUCUUCAAGCGUCGCCAGAUAGCCUAUGAUGGAGACCGAAGACGCUUGCGUCAGCUGAUGAAGCGAAUCAAUGUAAAUCCGCCACCAUGGAAAGAUGCAAGUGAACUGUGGCUAGAAGUUGAUGUGGUGGAGCGGCAGAUUGAAGAAUUCGAAAAUGACAUGGCUGAAAUGCAAAUGGAAUAUGAGUAGGGCUAUAGAUUGUGAUAUUAAUUUAAUUUAAUUUAGUUUGG